AUGUAUCAACAACAACAACAACCACCAACCCACCACCACCCACCAAACAUCCACCCACCAACAACCACCACCAUCCAUCCACCCACCCACUACCAAUCCAUCCACCCACUACCAACCACCCAGCCACCCACCCAAUACCAACCACCCACCCACCACCCAUCCACCACCACCACCCACCCACCACCAACAUCCACCCACCCACCCACCAACACCCAACCACCACACACACACACCCACCAACCAACAAACCACCACCCACCAUG